GUUUUUAAACGUCCUAACAGGCUUUUCAUGCUCCACCACCUGUCUUCGAUUCUUUAAUUCAUUCAGUAUGUUAAGAUUCACAAAUUUUAUGUUUUUAUCAGGCAGAUGCAAUUGCAGUUAGGAGAGUUUACUAUUGAUAAAUUAGAUUUAAUAGAAGAUGCAAAAGGGAAUGCAGGUGAGAAUGGAAGACUUAUAGUGACGAACCUCAGAAUUAUAUGGCACUCCUUGCUUCUUCCACGCAUCAAUUUAAGUAUCGGUUAUAAUACUUUCAUAACAGUAAAUUCUAAAACCAUAAGCACUUUACAUGGAAAAUAUAUGCAAGCUGUACAUAUUUUAGCUUCUUUUCGAAACUGCAGAUAUGAAUUUAUAUUUGUAAAUCAGGAUUCAAAAAGUACAAGACAUUUUACAUCUGUUGUUGGCAUAUACAGAGCAUAUAUUUCAUCUAAAAUUUACCGAGAAAUUAAGUUAAGAAGUGGAAUAAUCAAUGAUAAACAAUUAAUUUUGCUGCCACAAGAAACAAUUCAUGUAACUUUGCAGGAUAUUUGGAAUUUGUCAAUAGAACAGGGAAAUAUUGGAACUUUUAUUGUAACAAACAUACGUUUAGUAUGGUUUGCUGAUAUGAAUGAUCAAUUCAAUAUAUCAAUUCCUUAUCUUGUAAUAGCAAAACUCGCUGUAAAAAAUUCAAAGUUUGGUCCAACUUUAGUCAUUGUAAGUACAGAAUUUAGUGGGAGCUAUGUAUUAGGAUUUCGAGUUGACCCUCCAGCAAAGCUUUAUACUCUUCAUAAAGAAAUUUCAACUUUGUUAAAAACAUUCGAGAAAUCUCCUAUCUUUGGUGUAGAUUAUACAGUUGAACAUCAGGCUUCAUUACAACAAGAGUUCAAUGUAGAACAACAUUCUGAAAUACAAGACAGUCAAAUUGAAAUUUCAAGUGUGUUUGGUUAUUAUUUUUCUGAAGAAUCAGAUCAAAGAAAACCUAGCUUUUCAACUUAUUUAGGGCUCGCAGCAGAAGAACCUAGAGAAACUAGUACAUUGCAAAGUCUAUGGGAACUGGUACCUUCAAAUUAAUUGACAUAUAUCAGUAAAUUUUAAUUUUAAAUGUUAUAUAAAGAUUACUUCUUUAUAUGUAAAAAUUUACAUAUAAAUUUAAU